UAAAACAAGCUCCUCUUGCUGCGGGAGGAAGGCGCGAUGGCAGAAGGAUCCUUCGCCACAAUAGUGAAAGUUCUGGCAAAAUGUAUUAACAGUUGUCUGAUUAAAUUAUACGCUACCUACUAAGUUUAAAGUUUACCUCUUGCCCAGGAGUUUCACCGCAGUAAAGGUAUUCAUUUGAAGGCCGCGUUAUUCAUCAAAAUCCUGUCCGUUUAUAUCAGUUGUAAACUACUGUGGAUAACAAGUUAAACCAUCCCAUAUUCAAGUUUUCACCGAAGUCGAUAUGGAUUCGGAGCCCGAACCAGAGCCGGAGGUCGAUGAUGAUCCAGUGGAUGUCCCAAAUCAAAACCCCGAGUCGUACUGUCGGUUUUGUUUUUCUGAAACCGACGUCGAGCCGCUCUUUCCGGCGAAUCAAAGCAAGCCGGCUAGUGAGAUGUACGAACGCCUGUUCGAAUGUAUUGGCAUCAAGCUGACAAAAGAAGACUAUUAUCCCAGCGGCAUCUGUUGGAUGUGUUCGCUGACGAUGGAGGAAUUUCAAUGCUUUCGGAAACGCUGCCUCAAGUACGACACUCUGGUGCGUAGGUUGCAGGGACAUGUCAAGGAUACGGAGUCACCGACUACCACCGAAGCGACAGUUCCACCUCCGAGUGAAGAAAAACAAAGUAUUAAAUUACCCGGUGUUAUAUUCAGGAAGGGUAAAAAAUUUAAGAAAAAACCACUCCCAACAGGGGACGCAACGGUGCAUCCGUGCCCCUUCUGUCCACGAAGUUUCACCCGGAAAAUGUAUUUCGAUCAGCACAUGUGGAAACACCGAGAUUUGUUGCAGGCCGCCAAAGCGGACGGUGCUAGUGGUGGAAUUAAGAAAACGGUACUCAACAGACCGAUAAAGCAGGAGAAACUUUGGAUUCCGAUUGUGAAACCCGAAACGAACGCAUCCACUGACGGUGGGUCGCCGCCUACCGGAGGCAAACUGAAAGAUGGAUCGAUUAGCUGUGAAUAUUGCCCGCGAAAAUUCACACGCAGGAUGUACUACAUACAGCAUCUGCGUAAACACAACGCGGUCAAAGAGGGGGUGGUCCGGUGUCGAUACUGCCCGCGAAACUUCGUUUCAACCCGGAGCCGGCGAGCGCACGAGAAAAAAGAACACUACAAAAUUAUUGCCGCAGAGAACUCGGGCCCAAAGAAACCUCCCUUCUGCUGCCCGCAGUGUUCGAGAACGUUCAAGUAUCGGUAUUCCUUACGAAUGCAUCUACUUAACCACAGUGGCCAGCUGCCGCAUGCGUGCGAUAUUUGCAACUGUCGAUUUUACAGCAUGCAGUAUCUUGCCGUUCACAAAAAGCGCUACCAUGGCCCCAAUGCUAUCUGUGGCGAGGCGGGAAAUGAAAGUAUUAUAAGCUGUCUAUACUGCACAAGAUCGUUUUUGAGAGAGUGUGAUCGAUCAAGUCACAUCAAGCAGAUGCAUGCGAACAUAGUGUCUGCCCUGAACGAAACGGAAGGCGGUGGUCAGCCAGAGCUUAUGGAUGACUGCCCACCGGCCGACACCGAGGGACUCACCGACCCAGAGCUACUGCCACCGAACGUUCACGAACCGAUGAUGGAAAUCAAAGAGGAAGAACCGUACGCAAAUGAUCCCCAUCGUUCGGGAUUACCGUCGGGCGGCAUGGAACCCGAUAAUCCACUGUUCUAUUGCUACUCGUGCGCCAUGAACUUCGACACGGAAGAUAUGUACGCGGAGCAUCUGGAUGAUCAGCAUCCCUUCGGAGGUGAACAGAUGAUGGAACAGCUUCAAUCGGGAUCGCCGACUGGCGAGCAGGAGCAGGGAGAGAAGGAAUUUCGUUGCCCAUACUGCCCAAAAACGUUCACGCGGAAAUGGUCCAUGAACGAACACAUAACAUCACAUCUAGGCACGCGUCGGUACCCUUGCGAGCUGUGUCCGGCAAUAUUCUGCCGCGAAGGGUACCUGCGCACACAUCGAUCCCGCAAGCAUCCGAACGAAGCGGAAAAGUAUAAUGGCACGUUCAAGUGUCGCUUCUGUCCGCGAAUGUUCGUGAUGGAGCGUUACAAAAAGGUGCACGAGAAGAUUGCCCACAUAAAGAAGGGGGACGUCCUGCCGGAGGAUACCGACACUAACAGCGAACUCGCGCUCAACGACAACAGCGUAAUGGAGGUGGACGAGAGUAGCUGCAGCGUCAUACAGGAAGCGUCGUGCACCUCGAAUGAUUUCGACCUGCAAAGCAUUAGCCCUGAGGAGGCAGAAAGCAUAGAAUCGCUGCAAAAACUAGUGGUCAAGAUUCGACCGAUACCCCUGCAUGUUCUGGUUGACUAUCAAUGGCAAAUCGAAAGGUACGAAAAUAUGCAGUUUGACCAGCCGGACACCGCACCUCCAUCCGUGGAACCUGACAUUAUCGAUGAAUCAACUAAUUCAUCCUUCCCACAGGACGAUUCGGGUGAUGUGAACCGAAAGCGCACCAAAAUAGGCAUCACGCUCCAUCCGUGUGGUCUUUGUACGAAAAUGUUCAAAUCCCGAACCGCCCUGCGUAAGCAUUCGCUGUACCAUAGCGGUGCACUGCCCCAUCAGUGUGACGAAUGUGGCGUGCAGUUUAUGCGCUAUGGACUGCUGGUAGACCACAAGACACGGUACCACGGUGAAAAUGGACCGAUGAUUGCCGCACGGUAUAGUUGCGACUAUUGUCCGCGGAUUUUCCUUCGCAAGCAGGAUCGAUCCUGCCAUCAUCUGAUGGUGCACGCGCGUGAUCAGGCCAAGGCACUCGAGAACGACAUCGAUGUGUCACCGACGUUGGGCCAUAGUAAGAAAAUCAAAAAAGAUUAUCUCUGCAAGGUGUGCGGAGAGUUGUACGAAAAGUAUCGCACGUGCAAGCGCCACAUUAACCGCGCCCAUCCGGCGGCGGAAGGGGAAGAAGAUAUUAAGCCGAUGAAACUCUGCCACUGUGCCAUCUGCGCCGGUAUCUUCAAGAAGCGGGAAGACUGGAACGAGCACAUGGAGCAGCAUCCGAAGGUGCAGUGCCACCACUGCGAGCAGUGCAUUCGACGGCGACGAAAAAAAUGGGGUCGAAAGUUGAUCCAUCGGUGUAGCUUCUGUCCGAAGGCGUUUUUGCACAAACCAAACCUGAACUCUCAUCUGCGCAUACACCAGCAGCAGUUGCGCUUUCCUUGCGGUGAGUGUGACGCAAUGUACGAUCGGUAUCGUGACUUGGCCACGCAUAAGAUACGGUACCACUCGGAUGAUUCGAUUGGCCACGCGGCCGCACAGUACAAGUGUGCCUAUUGUCCGCGUGUUUUCAUGCGUCCUCGAGAUGUGAACUACCAUCAGCUGUCGGUGCAUGCAGACCGAGCGAACCUGGCUCCAGUGGAGCAAGAGGAUGACUUAAUGUAUCUCGAUCCAAGCACACUUCUGGACUUGGCGGAUCAGGAAAUGGACGGCGGAAAACCAAUUAAAGUAGAACCAGAUUUAGAUUAGAGAAAAGCAUUACGUUGCUAGUGGACUCUUCAAAAAGUGAUUUGAAACACUUAUUGGAAUCUUUAAACCCUGAUAUUGUAAUGUUCUUGCUGUAUAAAAUAUCGAAGUAUUUUAGGUUAGGAUACCUCGCUUCUCACAUCACUAUUUGCAGCUUAAGCAGUAAUCGAUUGAUUUCGUGAAAAAAGUAUUACGGACAUGAUAUAGAAUUACAUUGCUAAUCUAUUCGAAACGAAUUAAUCAUUUUCAACCAUAAAGUAGAUCAUUCCAAACUAAAUUAUUUGUAAGAUGUAAGACGAACUGAAAUAAACCCAUAU